CUUCUUCCCUCGUCUCGUCCUCCUGAGCUAUCCACCACUCUCCUCCUCUCUUCUCUUCCUCCAGCAGUGGGAGGAGCGAGGAACAAGAAAUGGCGUGCAAGCGUUGGCCGCAGCAGUUACUGCUAAUUCACACCACCAAGCCGCCCUUGCCUCUGCUCCUGCCCCUGCUCGCGCGCUGCCCCACCCCCACCCGAGCCGUCUCCGUCCGCGCCGCACCACCACGUCAGCACCAGCCCCGCCGUGCCCGCCAGCGCCCGCCUCCCAGGAACAAGCGGGUCGACCCUCCGCCCAGGGGUCGCACUCGCUCGCCCGUCCCGCUCGACCAUCAUGACUACGACGACGACGACUAUGACCAAGAUGAGAUUGAGGAGGACGAGGAGGGCAGGUUUUCGGGGGGCACCCGAGCCGCCGCCAUGCCCAAGCCGCCCGCCGGCUUCGUCCUCGAUGACCAGGGCAGGUGCAUCGCCGCAGCCUCCAAGCGCAUCGUCACCAUCAUCGAUGACACAAACAGCCGUCCCUUGGAGUGCAUAAUUAGGCGAGUAUUCCGGAGCUCACAGGACCACGAGUGCAUGCUCCUCUGCCCCGUUGACAUGCCUGUGCAGGUCCUCAAGAGCACUAACUUCAGUGGUUGGAUUGCUGUUGACGAUGACAAAAUUAAGCAAAUCAUUCCAUCUGUUGCCUACGCCCUUGCCAGAGUACAUAUGCACUUUGUCGAAAGCGGAUUCUGUUAUACAGCAAGGGGUGGCUUCUGCUUUCCCGAAGAAGCCAUUCAAGAGUUUCAUGAUUCUGGUGAUGGUGGCGAUGGGGUACCUUUUGAAGGUGUAGAGAUUUGCUGCUUCAAUUUGGAUGGUGCACACUAUAUGAUUUAUACACCAGUUGAUCCUCUUCUGUUCGUUGCAGUCAAGGAUAAGGAUGGUGUGCUACGCAUUGCUGAAGAUGAUCUGAUGGAUGACCCUGCCAUUGUCGGUGCCAUAGACGAAGAGACAGAAUUUACAGCUUUAGUGGAGGAGGAAGAGGCCCUUCUUGAAACAGUACUUGGUGAGAGGUGAUGGAAUCGAUGUCAGGGGGUGCCCCAUCUGCUCUUAUGUUGCAUCCAUUCCAUAGACCAUAGGAGGAGGAUAGAUAGAGGGAUACCAGUCCCAUGGCCAUGUAUUAUGCAUGACAAGUACCAAGCAGUACAAUUACAUGAGUUGGUUUUGAAGAAGGAAUGCAGCAUGGCAUGGCAUGGCAUGGCAUAGUCGUGUUAGAUGUGCAAAAUAUAUCUGAGAUAGGAUGACGUUGUCUGCUGCUGCUGUUAAUCGUCUUGUGUGUAUAGAUAGCUGAAGGAGCUGCAAGCUUUUGAAUUAUGGAAUAACCAAGGGAUGAUGGCUCCCUUUUCCUUUC